AUGCGCAGAAUAGCAGAGACGAGGAGGCAACAGGAAGAAGGAGAAGAAUUUGACGAAUCCCUCACCGAUAAACCCCAGGAGAACCUUUCUGACCUGGAUAUCCGCCGCAAACACCAACACCGAUCGAAAGGGAGAGGCACCACUACUCUCUACCGACCACUAAAACCGAUCGCAAUGAAAGAAACCCGCUGUCGCUGCCGCCACCGCCGCCCCAUUGUGGCGAGAUUUCAAUUCGGGAAGCACCUCUCUGGAUCUCUGCAAGCAGUAGCUAGUAGCAGGGAUGAGGUUCCAAAAUGA